AAGCCCCAAGGUUGCCAGGAGAACUCGCCGGCCUGGCGUUGACUCCUCGUGUUGGCUUCAGAGCCCGGCACACACCGGGCGGCGGAAAGUGGGCAGCAGCGCCCCCGCCUGGCCCGUACGCGCCCGGGAAGGGCACAUCCCCGCCCGCCCAGGUGUCUGAAGAGUGCGCUGCUGGAAGAGCUUUCCCUAGCUCCGCGGCACCGGCGACCGUGGGGUGUGCCAGGGCGGCGGCGACAGUGACAAGCGAGGGGCAAGGCACUGCCUCUGCUCCUGGCUGGCUGCAGCAAGAGCCGCAGAUCAGCCUAGAAUCCCUUGGUGGAGCCACCGCUCCCGCCGAGCGCCGCACGCCCGCGGAGGCGCUUGGGGACAGACCGCGCGGGCGCGCACCAGUGGUGCGGGGUGACCAGGACCCUCGGCGGGCAUCGCGCCCACCUCUGCCCCCGCCCGCGGCUGCAGGGAGCUCCGGCCCAGCAGCCCCUCCGCCUCAAGUCUGGGAGCUCCCGGCCCCACUCUGCUAUUGCCUAUGGGUAUCCGAGAGUUUCCCGGCGGCGCACCCAGGGGCAAGAGCAUCGCCAUUGGCAUGAGGAGGUCACCGGACGUCAGCCCCCGGAGACUGUCGGACAUCAGCCCCCAGCUCCGGCAGCUCAAGUACUUGGUGGUGGACGAGGCGAUUAAGGAGGAUCUGAAAUGGUCGCGCUCGGUGGAGGACCUCACCAGUGGGCCCGUGGGCCUCACGUCCAUCGAGGAGCGGAUUCUGCGCAUCACCGGCUACUAUGGCUACCAGCCUUGGGCAACAAGCUACAAAAGGGAGGAGCGCCCCCGAGACUCCCCGGGCCCGGCGGAGGCCCAGGCGCCGGCCGGGACGGAGACUGGCGGCAGGACGAGCCAACGUUGCUGGACGUGCCCCCGGGCGCAGCUCAGGAAGAUUUUCUGGGGUGUGGCGGUCGUGCUGUGCGUGUGUUCCUCCUGGGCGGGCUCCACGCAGCUCGCCAAGCUGACCUUCAGGAAAUUCGACGCGCCCUUCACCCUCACGUGGUUUGCCACCAACUGGAACUUUCUGUUCUUCCCGUUGUACUAUGCGGGGCACAUCUGCAAGUCUGCGGAGAAGCAGUCGGUGAAGCAGAGAUUCAGGGAAUGCUGUCGAUUUUUUGGAGACAAUGGCUUGACUUUGAAGGUGUUUUUUACCAAGGCAGCACCCUUUGGUGUUCUUUGGACACUCACAAACUACCUGUACUUACAUGCAAUAAAGAAAAUAAACACUACGGAUGUCUCCGUGUUGUUCUGCUGCAACAAAGCUUUUGUGUUCUUGCUCUCGUGGAUCGUUCUCAGGGACAGGUUCAUGGGAGUGAGGAUAGUGGCUGCCAUCCUUGCCAUCGCUGGCAUCGUGAUGAUGACCUACGCCGAUGGCUUCCAUAGCCAUUCUGUCAUUGGCAUAGCCCUGGUGGUGGGCUCUGCAUCCAUGUCAGCCCUCUACAAGGUUUUGUUCAAGCUCCUUCUGGGCAGUGCUAAAUUUGGAGAAGCCGCCUUAUUUUUGUCCAUUUUGGGUGUCUUUAACAUCCUCUUCAUCACCUGCAUUCCUGUCAUCCUCUACUUUACCAAAGUGGAAUACUGGAGCUCCUUCGAUGACAUUCCAUGGGGAAACCUUUGUGGAUUUUCAGUUCUUUUAUUGACAUUCAAUAUUGUAUUAAAUUUUGGAAUCGCUGUUACAUACCCCACUCUGAUGUCUCUUGGAAUCGUCCUCAGUGUACCUGUGAAUGCAGUGGUCGAUCACUACACCAGUCAGAUAGUCUUCAACGGGGUCCGGGUCAUCGCCAUCAUCAUCAUUGGCCUGGGCUUUCUCCUCCUGCUCCUGCCUGAGGAGUGGGACGUCUGGUUGAUCAAGUUGCUCACCCGCCUCAAAGUGAGGAAGAAGGAGGAGCCAGCGGAGGGCGGGGCAGACACGGGCUCCGGACCUCAGAACAGGAGCAGGAGAGCCCGCCCUUCCUUUGCCCGCUAAGGCCUCUCCAGUGGAACGCUGUGGUGACACCUCGUGGUAAUGACUUAGAGGACUAUUUCCUGAUGGGAGGAACCCCGCUGGGUAAGGUGUACAUACCUGUACAGUUUCGGUCAUCUGCGGUAAGUCCUAUGGUAUUUAUUGGCAUGUCCAAUUUGCUUGCACUUUUCCACAUCAGACCUUUCACUUAAGGGGAUCAAUUUAAUACAAAAGAGAAAAAGAAGAACCUCGCUGUGCUUUUUCAAUGAAUGUAAAGUAGGUUAAAAUGAGCCUUGUGGAGAUUGUUUUGAACGACUGAUGUUCAUGACAAGCCAGGGUACAUGUUUUGAAUCUUAGUGGCUAAAAAAAAAAAAAAAUGACAUUGUACACUGUGAUUAUUUUUCAGCUAUGGUAGGUCAUAUUUUGUUUUAUACCAGAGCUGUAUUCUUAAUUUUAAGGAAUUUCAAUGAACCAAAAGAUAACUGUCAGAUGGAUGGAUGGGUGGAUGGAUGGACGGACGGGUGGAUGAAUGGGAUGGGAAGAGAUGAGUCAGAAAAGGAUAAUGGACAUCAGAGACCAUCAGAGGACAGGCCUGCGCCAGGGAACAGGAAGGGAAAGACAAGUUCAAGCCCCCACUGGCCUGUUCUCACAUGUCUGCAUAAGAUCAUGCAAGAGAAAUUACAGUGCCUUCUACAGAAUUUUCGUUUUUACCUAUGUGAAGCGAAGUGGCAUUAUAAGUCACUGGCGCCGUCUUAUAAUUUAGAUGUAGAAAUCUUUACAAACAAAUAAAACUAUAUAAAUAUAUAUGUAUGUGUGUAUAAAGUGACAACACAGAUGAGCAACGCAUAUGGAAUGUGGUUCGCAGUACACGGUGCGCCUCUGAGGUAGACUGCAGGAGAGGAGCUGCUGGUUGCUUUUCUUUCACGACCAAGACUGAACAAUUAUUUACUGAAUCUGUACACCUUUUUAUGAAACUUUUAAGCACCAGGCUGUUUACUUACUCAAUUUAGGUCUACCAGAAAAUUCUAUCUGUGAUAGAUCUGCAAAGAGGGACGGGGGUUAGAGUUUACUAUUUUUGAAGUUUACAUUGUUACAUACGAAAUGGAGAUAUUAUUUUGAAAUGUUGUCAUAACCCAAUGGUGCAUUCUGUAACCAUGGAGUCUUUUGUUUCCUGGGGGAAAGGGGCAUUCAUGACCUGAAAUUUUUAGCAAAUUGUUAUUCUCCGUUUCCAUUACCUGUUUGGCCAAACAGAUUAAUAAAACAUUUGAAAAAGAAGUGCUGAGCACAGUCUGGUGGCCACUUUGUUCCUUUCUCACUCUGGGUCAUGACGUAGUCCUGGUAGCCUUCUUGUUCUUCCUGGCCUUGUACUUGGAGCACCUUGAAGGCAGGUAAACCUGCCCAGCCUCCCCAAGGGGAGGAGACCUUCACACAAGGGAGUUUAGGAUUAUAAAUGUGAAGGCAGAAGGAUCCACGAGGCCUCAUAGAAACUACAGCUCUCAUGGCUCCCUCGGGCUUCUGCCCUCUGGCCUUCCUCUCCCUUCCAUUUUUUUUUUUAAGAUUUGUUUAUUUAUUUGAAAGGCAGAGCUACAGAGAAGCAGAAAGAGAGAGAGAGAGAGAGAGAGAGAGAGAGAGGGCCUCCACCUGCCAGUUCACUCCCCAGAUGGCCCCAACAGCUGGAGCUGUGCCAAUCUGAAGCCAAGAGCCAGGAGUUUCUUCCAGGACUCCCACACAGUUGCAGGGGCCCAAGGACUUGAGCCAUCCUCUACUGCUCUCCCAGGCCAUAGCAGAGAGCUGGAUCGGAAGUGGAGCAGCCAGGACUUGAACAGGCAUCCAUAUAGGAUGCCGGCACUGCAAGCGGCAGCUUUACCCGCUACGCCACAGCACAGGCCCCUUCCUUCCCUUUUAAGAUAAAUUCCUCAACUCAGCUUACCCUGGUCACUCAGAACUGCCCCAAAGCUUCAGUCCCUGUCCCUAAAUCCAGCUGGUCUUCUGGCUCAGCUCCCACAGCUGUCUGUCUGCCCAGGUUGGGCGUCCUAACCUAAUGCAGACUCUUUGGAGAGUUUGAGGUAUUGGCUUAAUGUGAUCAGUCACUCCAGGCAACUGCAGCCAGGGGUAUGAGGGCCAAUGUGUCUUGCUCUAAGGACUCCAGAGGGAUAGGUUCUCUAAGACCAGGUAUGAGCACAGAGGAAUUGAGGGCUUCUUUAGCACACCUCAUCCCAUCACCCACACCGAGAGCAGCCAUUUGCUGGCUACAGAUCGCAAAUUCCAUGCACCACUUGCUUGAGUGGGCUCUACACCCAGAGAACCUAGCUGUCCACUGCAGAGAGCUCCCCUACCCAGUGGGUCUAGAUACGUGCUGGGAUGAGGGAAGCUGGGCCAGCAGGAUCCAGGGUCUACCACGCUGUUGAGGCUCCAAGCCCCUUCGGUUACCCCCAGGAAGCCAAACCAAUAUUUCCUCUGUAAGCUGUGAAUCAGAAAGUUGUGAAUCCCUAUAGAGGAAAUUGAGCUUUUCUCCCAUAGGACAUAAAAGACUAUAAAGACCCAAAAGAAUUGAAAGCUGGAACUUAAAGUGAUAUUUGCACACCCAUGCUCAUAGCAACAUUGUUCACAAUACCCAAAGGGUGGGAGCCACCCCAGUAUAAAAUGACAGAUGGAUGGGUAAACAAAAUGUGGCCCAUACAUACAAUGGAAUAUGAUUCUGCCUUAAAAAGAGGGAGAUCUCCACGCAAACUACAACAUGGUUGAACUUGAGUACAUUAUGCUGAGCCAGGCACAUGAGGAUACCUGAUGUAUGAUUACAUAUAUGAGAUUCCUGGAGUAGUCAAUUUUUCAUAGAGAAAGAAGGUAGAAUGGUGAGUGUCAGGGACUGAGGGAAGGGAGGUGUAGGGAGUUGACUUUUGAUGGGUACAAAAUUUCAGCUUGAGAAAAUGAGAAAGUUCUAGAAAUGUAUGAUGGUGCUGGUUAGAUACCAAUUUGAAAGUACCUAAUGCCCAGAACUGCAUGUUUAAAAAUUGCUAAAAUGGUAAAAAUUUAUGUUGUUAAAUGCCUUGGGGAAAGCCAGACCUUCAGAUCCUGAGUGGAAAAGUGGACCUAAUGGAGCCUAGCAGCCUUAUGUUAACUAGAAGUUACCCACACUCCUGGAAAAAUCACUCUAUGGUUCUUGCCAGGGCAUGUGCCUGUUGCAGAUGCUGAGACAGACAGACUCCAAGAAGUCCUGUUUUGCCCCCAGAUAUGACCAAUGGACUGCAACCUGUGAUUAACAGUCACACUGAAGAACUCACAAUACCUCAUUUGCAUGAG